AUAUCAACUUCCUGUACUUUUUUUGUUUUCAAUACCAGCGGAGAUGAGGGAGGUGUAGAAAUACAAUUAGCAAGUUUUACUUCUGUCCGAUUGUGAUUAUGAAUCUGGACAUAUGUGACUUAGAUGUAUAAUGACAUGUGAAGGUCACUAUGACAGUACUUUUGACAAAUUUGCCACCAGAAUUAAUCAUCAGAAUACUUGAAGAUUUACCCAGCAGAGAAAUUGGACAUUUAAGUCGGACGUGUACACAACUCAGAGCAAUAUGUAGAACUGAUAUUGUAUGGCAGAAACUUUGUCAACAAGUAUGUGAUAUAAAAGUGGAUGAAUGGGAGACAACAUAUUAUAAUAUUUAUACAAAAGUUCUACACAGAUAUGGGAGAUGUCUGGGAUUGUGGAGAAGGAACAUAUUGCCUUAUGGUGGACUAUUACAAAUUAAAGUAGACCAUGGUAGACUUUUAGCAACAGAAUACAAACCACCUUUUGUAUCAGACAUGCAUGGUCCAUUACGACCUAAGAAAGUGUUUAGUAUAGGUAUAAAUAAAUCGACCAAUCGGACAGAGAUACUGUGUUUACAUGGAUAUGGUGGGGCACAUCCUGGUAGUAUAGAAUUUGAGUUAUCUAACAUGAUUAAGAGAGAAACAAACAACCACACCAUACCAUUUACAAGAGAUGACCAAAAAAGGUUGGAGAGCUAUGCUAGAAAUGUGCAGAAAUAUAAACUGACACGUGUAGAAGUCCAGAAACCUAACCCAGUAUACCCAAUACAGCCUGGUCUAUUUCUAGCACAUUACAGUGCUCAUGGUAUAGAAAUGUUCCUGUUGAAAUAUGAUAUGAGUAAGAAGGAAGCUGAGGUCAUUAAAAUUACAGGUGAUCCUAAUGUACCAUCAGGAGAAACCAGUAUUUUCAUUAACUUACGUAAACCUAUGCAGCUGACUAAAGAACAGCAGUUAGAUGUAGACAGCUUGUUGUUAUUAGAGGAGGAUGAUAUACCCGAUUCAGACGAUGUACAACCUAGAAACCAGCCAUUUGUGAUACCUCCAGGUUUUUCCACCUUUUUAGGUGAUUCAACACCAACAACAUGCGAGUACAGAUAUUUUGGCACAGGACGUAUUGCAGGUGAUGGCUACAGAAACCCAGACCUAGUUACAGUCCAUGUUCUUUCUUUUGAGGCAAAUGACUUUUUCUUUGCUAUGUGGUUCAAAUUUGGGGACAUGGAUGGUUUCUUCCGAAUAAAUGAUAUAACAAUAUAAUAAAAUCAUUAAGAA